AUGAGAGGUUUGAUCGAACGCCACAAAUCUCGCAGGGUCGCUCGGCGUCCCCAAUUGCCCCCGCCGGAAGAAGAGGAGGAUCCUUGGGCAGAUGUCGACGCUUCGAAGUGGAGAUUGAAUGAGUAUCAAUUUGACAGUACCUACACUGGAGAUACUUUGGGAAAGGAAAAGGACAUUGAAGGAUCCAUCGAGUAUGGAAUGAAGAAGUUCAAAAAGAACCCAAAGAAAUAUGUUGCCAUGUUGUACCAAUCUAACUUGCUUAAGCGUCCUGUGGAGAAACAAAAGUAUACCUACAUCUACCGCAAAGGAACAACCGGCUUCAAACCAGUGGGAGUUCACGACAAGGGUUGGAUGACUCUUCUUGUCAACGACUAUGAACAGCUGAAGCCCCUGCCGGACAAUGAACUCCCUGAAGAGUUCAGAGAUCAGUGGACUGACAGCAUGACCUACCAAGGCAUAAAACUUCACACUCCAGAAAGACGUCCUUUGAUGCCUGGACGUGGGAUGGGAGUCUGUGAUAUGCCCAACAUUAAAGUUAUUAACGAUGUGGAUCCUUCCGAUAUUGCGCAAGGUCACGUUGGUGAUUGUUGGAUGCUUUCGGGAAUCAGUUCUCUGGCUGAAUUCGAUGGUGCCAUCAAGAGAUGCUUUCGAAAGACACCCAAUCUUGACCAAAUGCCAAUGGAUUCACCCAACAAGUAUAUCAUCAGUCUAUGGGAUUUGGAGACAUGGGAAGAAAAGGAUUAUGAGAUUGAUGAGCGUUUGCCUGCCAAUCCUGGUGAAGGUGGACUGUUGCUGGGCGCCAAACCAUCAGAUGAUGGCGAGCUAUGGGUCUGUUACUUGGAAAAGGCCCUUUCCAUUCACUGUGGAGGUUGGGAUAAGAUUGUUGGUGGACAGUGCACACACUGCUGGUCCAUGCUCACUGGGUGCAAAUACCAGUACACCAUCAAGAAGAAUCCAAAGACUAAACUCUUUGCCUGCUACGGAAAGUAUGUUCCAAAGGAACGAAGGUGGCUAGACCACAAGAAUUCACCUCACGAUGGUGACAAGCGACGAUGGAAAAUCGCAUGGCCAGAGGCUGGUGGUGGUGGUACCAAGGAACUGACCCAAGAAGAGCUUUUCAUGAGAAUGUGCGCUUGGGACGAUAACAACUACAUUGUGGCCGCAGGAUGUUCCGAUGGCAAGGGUGAUGCAGGGUUGGUUGAUAACCACGCAUACUCUGUGAUCGAGUGUUUGAAUGACGUCGCAGGAACGCCCAUCGAUAUGAUGAAGGUCCGCAACCCAUGGGGUGAAGGAGAAAUCGAAGAUGGUGAAUUUGACGACGAUGGUCCAGGUUGGGAAAAAUAUCCACAGAUUAAGGCAGAAUUGAACCCAGUAGUUGCUGAUGAUGGUAUAUUCUGGGUGAACAAGAAAGAAUUCUUUGAGUUCUUUGGUACCAUCUUUGUCAGCGCAUCCGAUAUGACAAGGUUCUUGGAGGAUUAA